UGUUUAAACUUGGGAAUAAACCUCGUUUGCGAAGUUUAGCUUUUUUAUAUGAUUUCUAUAGAUUCUUAGCGGCGAGUCUGCGCCGGAGACUAAAUUGUUCUCUUCACGGACGUGCAACAUGGGGGUUGACAUCCGCCAUAAUAAAGACCGAAAGGUCGUCCGAAAAACUGCCCGAAGCGAUGACAUCUAUUUGAAACUUCUGGUCAAGCUCUACAGGUUCUUAGCUCGAAGAACAAAUGCUCCGUUUAACAAAGUUAUCCUGAAGCGCUUGUACAUGAGCAGAAGCAAUCGUCCACCAAUGUCUAUUGCUCGUUUGAUUCGAAACAUGAAGAAACCAGGAAACGAUGUGAAAACAGCAGUUGUGGUUGGAACAGUUACCGAUGAUAAAAGAAUCUUCACUGUGCCCAAGCUUAAUGUUUGUGCACUUCGUGUAACAGAGGGCGCACGAGCUCGUAUUCUUGCUGCAGGUGGAAGCAUCAUCACACUCGAUCAACUCGCUCAAAAGUCACCAAAGGGACAAAACACAGUUCUGUUGCAGGGACCACGAAAGGCCCGCAAGGUUUACAAGCACUUCGGCAAAGCUCCAGGCGUGCCACAUAGUCACACCAAACCAUAUGUGAGAUCCAAGGGACGAAAGUUCGAACGUGCUCGUGGUCGUCGCCACAGCAAGGGAUUCAAGGUUUAGAACUACAAACCUGUACGUGGCUUGAGCUAAUAAAUAAGCUAUCCACCCGUGA